UAUGUAGGUGAUUGACAGGCAUGUGCCUGACAGGUUAAACUGAGGUAAAACAAAUUCCCUCUAAUACAACUGACACCGGCUUUACCGGCAGAAUGUCAGUGUGUCUUUCUUUCAAACCCCACGACAACAUGAACCUCAGCGUGGUUAUAGAAGACACCUUACACUACAUCUAAUUACCCAGGGUAGUUGAAGCUAAAGCUAGCAGGAGCUAACUGUAAUGCCUGUAAGGAAUAGAGUGAUAUAGGAGACAGAGGGAAGGGCACAUGUUUGCUUCUCCUCUGGGACAGUCAGGUUUGAGAUGAACUCCACAGGCGAUACUGAGCCAGAUGAAACCAACACACCCUCAGGUAGGACCCUCGCAUUGACUGUAUGCUCCGCUGCCAUCGGAGGAACCUUCCAGUAUGGCUACAACAUCUCGAUCAUCAACGCUCCUACCAGCUACAUCCAGGGCUUCAUCAACGAUACCUACAUGGAGCGCUGGGGCAUCGCCCUGGAGACCACUCAGGUGACCCUAAUAUGGACUGUCAUUGUGUCAGCCUUCUCACUGGGCGGUUUGCUGGGAGCUCUGCUCGCAGGGCCUCUGGCGGUCCGCUUCGGUAGGAAGAACUCGCUACUUUUGAACAACUCUUUCCUGUUUGUCGGCGCUGCGUUUGUGCUGACGUGCAGGGUGGCGAGGUCGUUUGAGAUGCUCAUCUUGGCGCGGUUUCUGGUGGGGAUAAACGCAGGAGUGAGUAUGAACGUCCAGCCUAUGUACUUUGGGGAAAGCGCCCCCAAACACCUCCGGGGUGCUGUGGCUUUUUCCUCUGCUGUUUUCACUGCAUUUGGGAUCUUCCUGGGUCAGGUUGUGGGACUCACUGAGCUGCUGGGCACAGAGCCUCUUUGGCCCUACUUGCUUGCUAGUAAUGCGUUGCCAGGGUUGAUCCAGCUCCUUACCCUACCCUGGUUCCCUGAAAGCCCCAGAUACCUUCUCAUUGACCGGGGAGACAGAGAAGCAUGUGUCCGGGCGCUUGGAAGGCUUCGUGGUGGGGUGGCUCCUGUCUUGGAGAUGGAGGAGAUGCUUCAGGAGCAGCAGCAGCAGAAAUCCGCAGCCUUGAAUUCUGGAUCUGCAGCUUCUGCCACAACGCCCUGGUCCCUGUUUAAGAAUCCUGACCUGCGAGCCCAGCUCAGAACGGUCAUGGCUGCCAGUAGUGCCAUGAUGCUCUGCGGUAACGACUCCUUCUACUUCUACGCUUCCUACAUCUUUCUCGAAGCAGGGAUCCCUCCAGAGAAAGUCCAGUACGUCACCAUCGGCACGGGGGCAUCUGAGUUCACUGCUUCUAUCCUGAGUAACCUCCUGAUUGAACGUGUGGGCCGCAGGUCCCUUCUUGUUGGAGGGUACAGUCUUAUGUCUUGCUGGACUGUUGUCUUCACUGUAGCUCUUACCCUCCAGAGCCGCGGGGUGGCUGGGAUGCCCUACCUCAGCAUGGCAUGUGUGUUCUCCUACAUCCUCAGCUUUGGCUUGGGCCCAGCAGGGGUGACGGGGAUCUUACCAGCUGAGAUCUUUGACCAGGGGGCUCGUCCAGCGGCGUACAUGGUCGCUGGCUCGUUCAUGUGGAUCAGCCUGUUCCUGCUGGGAAUGCUCUUCCCCUUCAUUGUCAGCGGCUUGGGGAACUUCUGCUUCCUGCCCUUCUUGGGCGUGUGUUUGGUGUCCGCUGUGUUUUUCAGGCUCACCCUACCAGAGACUAAGGGGAAGACGCUGGCUGAGAUUACCGCAGAGUUUGAUAGAAAGAAUGGAGUGAAGAAGGAGAGGCCAGACCUGAAGGUGGAUGAGUCCAUUAGAGAGCACUACCAGCUGGGUUUCACACUCAUCACUGUUUAUCUGCCAAUGUGCAGUGGAGACAGUUACACAACAAAUUAAUCUUAUCAGAAGGGGAUCCCAGAGACUACAUCUUAUCAAAUAUAGGUCUGCAGAUUGAGGUGUCUCAAUUUGGAGGUCCAUGACACCAAAAAGGCUGAGAACCCCACUGAUCUACAGGCUGGUCACACAGAAAAUGCAUCUCUAAAGCAAUGACAUGAUAAUCUUUUCUCUACAAGCCAGCAUAACUGUACACUGAAUAUGAAAUGGCCUUUCUGAGAGUAGCAUAAAAAUAUCUACUCAGUGGGAAUGAGGACUACUGUACUUUUCCUUUCAUUUGCACUUCACUUUGGAGUUAAAAAAGCAAUGUGAACAUUAUCAGUUGAAGAGAAACAUUCCCAGGUCUUCACCAAACAAUUCAUUACCUCCAUCAGCUGCUUUUCCUUAUGAUUAUUCUAUUUUUUUUAUCAUAAACAUGACUGAAUGCCAAAGUUUAUCAACAUUUUGAAUCACUGUACUAGUUAUGAAUUUAAGAUGCUUUGCUGUUCCCAGAGGGAGUCAGCAAAGCGCAGCUGUACAUCAACAGCCUGAAGAGAUAACGGAUAAGGAGUUUGGGACUGAAGCACGCGUUAGCCCUCCAACCUGCACGUGAUGAACUGUAAUGUGCGGUGGAUUGUAAAGCAUACCUCAAAUGUAGUAGCAUUAUUCAUUAAUACCCACUCAAACUCUCUAAAGGUCUUGAUAAUGAUAGAGGUGUUUGCAGUACAGUAGGUAAUCAUUUGAAUUACAUGUAUUCAAGGAUUACACUAUAAUUCAACACGUCUGCGCUGGGUAGAUAACAGUGCUUGUUUAUUGUCUAAUCUGAUUAUAUUCUCUGUUUCACUGACAUGUCCACUGAUCCAUGCUUGUGUACAGUUUCCUGUUCCGUGAUCCAAGUGGGAAUAUUGCCUCUCUAAACUCUGGCAGCUUAGAGGUUGUGCUGUCUGUGUGUUAGUUGGACUCUCACCCAAGGUAUCCGUCCUACAACUAACAGCAUGGUCCCAUAUAAUCACCUCUCGAAAUGUCUUACGUGUGUACUCAUUACUAUAUUAUGUGUGUAUUUAUGACAGCAGUGCCACAAACCAGCCAGUAGAUGUCGCCAUUGUCACUGUUCUUGGCUUGCUCUACUUUCUGUGCCCGUAAACAUAAAGCUGUAUAAUAUCAAAGUGAAUCACAGAUGUAACACCCAGGCGAAGAUGACACUUUAAAAAUUCAACAGCUGUCAGCUCACAACCCUUGCAGGCCUUCUGUUGACCAUCUGUCACAGCCUCUGUAUGCUCCAGAUUAUUUCUUAGAAGGCAAGAGGCAGCAUGUUUUUAUUAUUUUAUAUCUGAGAUGCUUUUGCUCGAGACAACAUUAUUGCAAUGAUAUUUUUAUUAAUUAUCCAAAUCAACUCUUGUUCCCUGAAAACUUCUGUUUUCUUGCUGUAUUUCAAGUAAACCUGUUGUAGCAGGUCGAAGAUGCUGUUCACUGACUGAAUUAAAUAUUUCUUAUGACAGACUCUCCAAAGCAUGUUAUGACAGUCCUCAAUUCUAUAGAAAUCUCAUUGAAGGAUUCUCAGGCUUGAUUUUCUAUGUAAUGAAUAUAUAUAUAUAUAUUUUGCACAUGUUAAUUAUUUAUUAUUUAUUCAAUGAGAAAUGCUACUGUAUGUGCAACAAUAAAAAAGAAAAGUGCUGACCCACUC